UCCGAGUGCCCGAUACAAGAUGGCGGAGUCGGUGGGGAGGGAGAGGCGGAGGCGGGUCCGGACUGAAUAGAGCAAAGCCUGUACAGGACUCCGAGCAAACCUCUCCAAGGCAGGACAGAUGAGGAGCUAUGACCAGUGAAAACCACGGAACAGUAAAGGGAGACUCGGGAAUGGUCAUGUCACCCACCGGGUCCUCUUCACAAGCUUCUCCCCUCACACCCUCCACCAGCAAACCUAUCCAAGAGCUGCCAGUGAGUCUGGUCAUUCUCUCAGAUGAGCUGAUUCAGGCUGGGUGGGCGAAAUGUUGGAGCAAGAGGGAGAACAGGCCGUACUAUUUCAACCGCUUCACCAACCAGUCGCUGUGGGAGAUGCCAGUCCUGGGGCAGCAUGAUGUCAUCUCUGAUCCUCUGGGCUUGAAUGCAGCUCCUGCCUCAGGUGAGGGGGCAGGGGAUCCCGGACUGGGCAAUGGGCAGCGAAAGAGACGCCCAUCGGAGGAGGCCUUCCAAGGGGGUCCUAACAGCUUCAAGAGGCCAAGGGUUGAGAUACCUGUAACUCCAACCACCCCAACAAUACCGAUAUCACCCAGCACACCUGGAGCAAAGCCCUGGAACUCCACUUCAGAUGACAAACAAGGCCAACCCAACACCCCGGCCCCGGCCCCAUAUCGGCCAUCUGUGAUCUACUGGGACCUGGAUGUUCAGACCAAUGCAGUGAUUAAAGAACGAGCCCCAUACGACUACCUCCCUCCCCACCCUGAGAUCGAGCUGCAGCGUGCCCAGCUCACCACCAAACUACGCCAGCAUUACCACGAGCUGUGCUCCCAGCGCGAGGGGAUAGAGCCGCCACGAGAGUCCUUCAACCGCUGGCUACUGGAGAGAAAGGUGGUGGAUAAAGGAGUGGACCCCUUGCUCCCCAGUGAGUGUGACCCUGCCGUCUCCCCCUCCAUGUUCAGAGAGGUCAUGAAUGACAUCCCCAUCAGGCUCUCCCGCAUUAAAUACAAGGAGGAGGCCAGAAAGCUUUUAUUCAAAUACGCAGAGGCAGCCAAGAAAAUGAUUGAAUCGAGAAACGCCACACCUGACAGUAGAAAGGUUGUGAAGUGGAACGUUGAAGACACCAUGAACUGGCUGAGGAGAGACCACUCUGCCAGUAAAGAAGACUACAUGGAUCGCCUGGAGCACUUGCGGAAGCAGUGUGGUCCUCACGUGACUGCUGUGGCCAAAGACUCGGUGGAGGGGAUCUGCUCUAAGAUAUACCAUAUCUCUGCUGAAUAUGUACGCCGAAUCCGCCAGGCCCACCUCAACCUGCUGAAAGAGUGCAACAUCACAGUGGAUGGAGCAGAGAGUACAGAGGUGCAGGGCCGGUUAGUGUAUUGCUAUCCAGUCCGGCUGUCUAUCCCGUCCCCUCCUCAGCCCCGUGUUGAGCUGCACUUUGAGAAUGACAUGGCCUGUCUGCGCUAUAAAGGAGAAAUGGUGAAGGUCAACCGUGGCCACUUUAAUAAACUGGAGCUCCUGUACCGGUACAGUUGUAUUGAUGAUCCAAGAUUCGAGAAGUUCCUGUCACGUGUAUGGUGCCUUAUAAAGAGAUACCAGGUGAUGUUUGGAUCUGGUGUGAAUGAGGGGACAGGCCUACAGGGGGCACUCCCUGUACCAGUGUUUGAGGCCCUUAACAAGCAGUUUGGGGUCAGUUUUGAGUGCUUUGCCUCACCACUCAACUGCUACUUCAAGCAGUUCUGCUCUGCCUUCCCUGACGUUGAUGGUUUCUUCGGCUCUCGAGGGCCGUUUCUGAGCUUCUCUCCUGUCAGCGGCUCAUUUGAAGCCAACCCUCCCUUCUGUGAGGAGCUAAUGGAUGCCAUGGUCACACACUUUGAAGACCUUCUCGAAAACUCCAGUGAGCCGCUGUCUUUCAUCAUCUUCAUUCCCGAAUGGCGUGACCCCCCAACCCCAGCCUUGACGCGGAUGGAGAGCAGUCGGUUCCGCAGGCACCAAAUGACAGUACCUGCUUUUGAACAUGAGUAUCGCAGUGGCUCUCAGCAUAUCUGCAAGAGAGACGAGAUGUACUACAAGGCCGUUCAUGGAACAGCAGUCAUCUUCCUGCAGAACAAUGCUGGCUUUGCCAAGUGGGAGCCCACCACAGAGAGGAUUCAGGAGCUCCUGGCGGCCUAUAAGAUCUCCGGACGCUCACUGUCCUCUCCUGGGCCCUCCUCCGCCAGUGCCGGAGACAAAGACUCCAAACCAGGCCACGAGCGCUCGGCAAGCCUGGACGUUCCAGGAAGCCGAGACAACAGCAGUCCUGUAGACAAGACUGCGCCAGAAAUGGCAAACAUUUAGAUGUGUGAAUGUGUGCGUACGUGUGAGUGAGCUUUGAAACAGUGCUUUUGGGUUGAGACUGACUCUCUGCAUGUUAAGUUCAUGAGUGAGAAUAAAGGAGAGCGAGUGAGAGAGCGCGAGAGAGAGAGAGAGAGAGAGACUCAUACUUAUUUACUUUUUUCUGCCUCAACUAUUUAAAGAGUUAUUCUGGGUUUUUAUUAUUAAUGUCAUCAUAGUUGUUGAGGGUUUUUUUUUUAAUCAAUGUAGUGAUUGUUUGGUCACUAAUUAUUACAUUUUGUUGUUGUUACCGUUGUCGUCUGUAUAAGACGUGGUAAUUCUGGUCAAGUCCUUUUGUUUCUUUGGCCUUUUUAACUUUGUGCUUUGUUCCCUGGCAGAGUUGUCGGUCUGUCAGGUCGAGAACUGAACGUUGAGGAUGGAGGGCAGCGUUUCUUGGAGUUGUGCAUUCUCGUUUGGGUCUGUUUUGUUUCUUUCUUUUCAUGGCAACAGGAGGGAGGUGGACCAGAGAGUAGGCAGCUAUGUUUAUAAGCCUUUAAGAUGAUGCACAUUACAGAGUAGUUGUAGGAUUUGUGCGUAGUUAUUACCUGUGCUAGAGCCAGUUCAUUUUACGCUCCUGUGUGUUGUAGAGGCUCCUCCAAAUGCCCUCGCAAGCCCCAGUGGUCCCUCUUCUGGAACAAGGCACCAGGAGAACUAAACUCUCCUGGGGGUCAAAGCUUGGUCUACAUGGUUUCUUCAAAACUGAAAAAUCGCAAAAGAGGCAAAAAUAGCAAACAUAGCAAAAAAAAAAAAA